AUGUGCGUAUUUCAGCUAGCCAUCUUUGGCUCUAUUACCAUAGCGCUGCUUCGGAGUCAGAGAAUCGCGGCUGUCAUGCGGAAAUAUCUUCGAAUGGGCCCUGCAAUGUCUACUGCACUGAACCACAUAUCUCCGGAGGAUGAGGUGCCAAUGAUUGAGACAAUGUCUCAGACUACAACAACAUCCGCUCCCGCAAUUCAACUUCUUUUGUUGAAAGGGCUCGAAUCUACAGAUGCUGGGUCAGGGUCUGGUUCUGGUCUGCCAUUACUCACCCAGCGAAACAUUGCAAGACAGAUUGAACUUGUGCGGGAGAUUGGUCAAGGACGGUUUGGUGACGUUUGGUUGGGAGCCUGGAAAGGGGACAUGGUCGCCGUAAAAAUUUUUUCUUCACGAGAUGAGGGUUCAUGGUCACAUGAAGUAGAAACUUUUCAAACGCACAUGUUGCGUCAUCCGAACAUCCUCCAAUUCUACGCAAGUGACAGCAAAGAUACUGGUACCACUAUGCAGCUAUGGUUGAUCACUGAAUACCAUAGUCAUGGCUCCCUUUACGAUUACUUGUCAAACGCUGUAAACGGUGAGCGUUUUUACUCUUGUACAGAUGAUACGAGGAAUUUCAAAUGGAUUGUCGUUUCUUCACACGGAAUUGAUGGGAAUCCAAAGUACAUUUCAGAAAAGCCAGCGAUUGCUCAUCGAGAUAUCAAAAGCAAGAACAUUCUUGUUAAAGCCGAUUUAACAUGCGCCAUAGCAGACUUCGGAUUAGCUGUACGCUACGAAGCAGGACACAUAAGUUUACCUAACAGUAACAAAUGCGGCACUGUACGUUAUCUUCCGCCAGAAAUUCUUGACGAUAAAGUGGAACCGACGAAGUUUGAAUUUUAUCGCACCGGUGAUAUGUACGCGAUUGGCUUAGUAAUCUGGGAAAUUGCGCGUCGCACUACCUGUCCCGCCGGUUUGUGUUUUUGA